AUGGGAUUGUUUUCCUUAUUCAAGAAGAAAUCGGCAGCACCAGGUAGGAAAGGGAAAGCAUCGAAACAUGGUUCGUCAUCGACUAAACAUGAGAGGUAG